AUGAACCCCCAUUUCAUCUGUUCCCCCCUCUGUUCCCGCCUCCGUGCCCUCUCCGUCCUCCUGUCUUCCACACUGCCUUCUCCCCGUCCGCAGGACUGCUAUCGCCUUCUCCUCGCCCCGUCUCACCUUCUCACAGAGCCUUCUCGCAGAGCCUUCUCACAGAGCCUUCUCACCAAGCCUUCCGCCACGCGAAUCGCAGCAGGAAACGUCCUGGCAGGCGCAGCAGCAGGAGCCACUGGCCUUCUAGUCACGUACCUGCCUCCAGACCUGGACACUCACCUGCCGGCUAUCAUGACUGCUUUGCUCUCCACCAACGAGGUUGUCGCUACCCGGAGCAUCAGCGACUGCUCACACACAUCCGCAAGAACGAGUGACUGGAUCCACUCGAAACUGUUUUCGGACACAUCAGCAGACGGCGAUUCCAGCGAUGACGAGGAUUACAGCGACGCUGACGAGGACGAGCGCAGGGUGUUCGGCAGCAAAUCACGCGCCGCCAAGUCAGCGUCCCGCCAGGACGGGUCGACGAAAUCUGUGUGGUCGAACGCGCUCUUGUCCAGGGCGGGCAAGAAGGCGCAGCUUGGCAGGCCACAGCUGCACGAGCGGACCAUGGAGACAGGUGGCGACACGCCCACCCGCGGAACCCUUUCCUCUGGUGCUACUGUUGCUGGGGGGAAUGAUGGAGAGGGGAAUUUGGACUAUGGGGUUAUGGAGAGUGAUGACGUGGCGAUGGGCGAUGCCAGCCUGGCAUCUGCGAGGGCUGCUGAGCUGGCGUUUGGCCGGCGGAUCCGCAGUGGAGGAGGGGCAGGAGGGGCAGAGGUGGCUGCUCAACUCAACUGCGGCGACCUGGUACGCCCCCCACCCUGCUCCCUCUCUGCUCCCUCUCUGCUCCCUCUCUGCUCCCUCUCUGCUCCCUCUCUGCUCCCUCUCUGCUCCCUCUCUGCUCCCUCGCUGCUCCCUCUCUGCUCCCCGCCCCGCUGCUCCCCUCUUCCCCGUUUCCCCCAUCGCCACCACUCCUCGUUUCCGUCUUGCGCACUGCCUCACUCUCAGCCUAUCAACCCCCACUCUUGUUUUCACAUCUGCACCUACUGUUCUCACAUCUUCCCUCGUGCAAUGUUCACAACCGCUCAACAGACGGAGUGUCCUGGUCUCGGGCAGUGCGUGGCCCCGGACAUAAUGUCUAUUUCUUACUCAACUCAUCACCUCGUGUUCUCAUAUUUGCCCCUAUGCUAUGCUAUGUGUGUGGCCCCGGAUAAGCUGUGCGACGGGACGGCCGACUGCAAGGACAAGAGCGACGAGGCCGCGUGGUACUGCAACCCGCUUGACUGCUCCGACCCGGAUACCACCGUGGAGUGCGUGGGAACGGAGUACUGCGUGAAGCCGACUCAAGUGUGCGACGGCAUCAUGCAGUGCCCGGGCGCGAUAGACGAGUCCCCCGGCUUCUGUCUCGACUACCGCAGCUCCAACUGCGAGGAGGACCAGGUCAAAUGCACCGCCUCCUCCGCGUGCAUCAAGGGGUACAUGUGCGACGGCGUGCCGAAUUGCCCCAAGGUGAAAAACGCCAGCGGAGUGCUGAUAGCUCCGGACGAGGACUCCAGGUAUUGCGUGGCAUACGAGUGCCUGGAUGGGUUUCAGAAGUGCGGCGACGGAAUGCAGUGUGUGCGCCUCGAGGCUUUCUGCGACGGCAAGAAGGACUGCCUCGGUCUCGGGCAGUGUGUGGACCCCAGCAAGCUGUGUGACGGGACGGCCAACUGCAAGGACAAGAGCGACGAGGCUGCGUGGUACUGCAACCCACUCGACUGCACCGGCACCACUGCGCCUCAAGAGUCGUUCCCUCUCCUCAACUUCCUCACCCUCAAAGCUCCCCUUCCCUUCACCCGUCCCUUUCCCCGUGCGUCCGCCAUCCCUUCCACCAUCCCGCCCGCUGUCCCCCUCUUUCCCCCGCAGGUGGAGUGUGUGGGAACGGAGUACUGCGUGAAGCCGACUCAAGUGUGCGACGGCAUCAUGCAGUGCCCGGGCGCCAUCGACGAGUCCCCCGGCUUCUGCCUCGACUACCGCAGCUCCAACUGCCAGAUAGACCAACUCAAAUGCACGGCCACCUCUGCCUGCAUCAAGGGCUACAUGUGCGACGGCGUGCCGAAUUGCCCGAAAGUCAGGAACGCGAGUGGAGUGCUGGUGGCACCAGAUGAGGACGCCAAGUAUUGUGCUGCGUACUCGUGCCUGGACGGGUUCCAGAAGUGCGGCGAUGGGAAGCAGUGCGUGCGCGACGAGGCUUUCUGCAACGGCAAAAAGGACUGCUUCGAUGGGAGCGAUGAGGUCGACUGUGCUUACCCGGACACGGGCAGCUCGGGCAGCACCGGAACAACUGGCAGCAGCAGCAGCACUGGCACCACUGGCAGCACGGGCAGCACGGGAAACUUAGGCAGCACAGGCCCUUCAGAAGGCAGCUUGAGUGUGCAGCAGCUGACCGCGCAGUACCAGGCAGCAAUCACUGCUCAGAGCAAGGCCAAAAAGGCCACAGAUGCCACGAAUGCCAAGGCAGGGCGCCUGGAGAAGGAAGCGAACGCUGCUGGGCUUCAAGCGGACAAGUUGCAGCGGAAGGCAGACGCUGCCGUGGCUUUAGCUAAGAAGAGAACAGAGGCUGCUAGGCAGGCUGGUGAGGAUGCUGCGGCGAAACAGGCCGCUGCUGCCGCUGCCAGAAUGGAUGCUGACAGCAAGAAGCAGGCGUAUGAGAGCGUGAAAGGCACGGCGAGUAAGCUGCGAGCGCAGCUGAAGGAGAUGGGCAAGGUGCAGAAGAAGGCCGGGGGCUCCAAGGCACCGGGCUCCAAGGCACCGGGCUCCAAGGCACCGGGCUCCAAGGCACCGGGCUCCGUUGCGGCCGAAAUGGACUGCGGCGAUCUGACGGAGUGUCCAGGGCUGGGGCAGUGCGUGGAUCCCGACAAGCUGUGCGACAAGACGGCCAACUGCAAGGACAAGAGCGACGAGGCCGCGUGGUAUUGCAACCCGCUCGACUGCUCCGACCCCGACACCACCGUGGAGUGCGUGGGAACGGAGUACUGCGUGAAGCCGACUCAAGUGUGCGACGGCAUCAUGCAGUGCCCGGGCGCCAUCGACGAGUCCCCCGGCUUCUGCCUCGACUACCGCAGCUCCAACUGCGAGGAGGACCAGGUCAAAUGCACCGCCUCCUCCGCGUGCAUCAAGGGGUACAUGUGCGACGGCGUCGCGAAUUGCCCCAAGAUCAAGAACGCGACGAGCGGAGUGCUGUACGCGCCCGAUGAGGACCCCAAGUACUGCGCCGCGUACUCGUGCCUGGACGGGUUCCAGAAGUGCAGCGACGAGCUGCAGUGCGUGCUGGUCGAUGCCAUCUGCGACGGCAAGAAGGACUGCCUCGAUGGGAGCGACGAGUUCGACUGUGGUUUCCCGGAUCCCGUCAGCACGGGCACCCAGUACCAGGCCGCACUUAUUGCCCAGGACAAGGCAAAAGCGGCUGCUGAUGCUGCAGACGCCAAGGCCAGGCAACUCCAGGCAGACGCCAACGCUGCUGGGACCGAAGCGGACAGGCUUCAAAGAGUGGCUAACAACGCUGUGGGUGCUACGGCCAAGGCAAAGAAAGACGCUGCUAAAAAGGCCAAGGCGGACGUUGCUGCUAAGCAGGCUGCUGCUGCCGUUGCCAAGGCGGACGCGAAUAGCAAGGAGAAGGAGUAUGAGAGCGCGAAAGACACCGCGGACAGGCUCCGGGAGAAGCUGAAGAAGGCGAUUAGCAAGGCGCAGAACGCGGGCAGCGUGAAGGCAUCGGGUGCCGCGGCGGAGAGGCUGACUUCGGCGGCGGAACGGGCCGCGAUGCAGAAGCAGAAGAAGCAGGAUGCCAUGUCGUUUGCGCAGAACCAGCGACAGGCGAACCGCGUUAAGAUGUCUGCUAAAGCGGCUGAGGUGCUGAAUCGCGCACGGGCGGCGAAGAGCUAUUGGGACAAGGCGAUCGCCGGCGACCCUUGCCCCGGUUCCAACGAGUGCCCCAGCAAGAAGGGAUGCUUCGCGAAGGGCGAUUACUGCGACGGCGUGAAGAACUGCGCGGACGGCAGCGACGAGUGGCCCUGGCUCUGUAAUUUCGACAUGGACUGUGGCGCGCUCAAUGCUACUCACAUUCUCUGUCCAGAUGUCCCAAGCGUUUGCGUCCUGCCCGGACAAUUCUGCGAUGGGAAAACCGACUGCCCGGACUCACUGGACGAAAAUCCCAAGUUCUGCUCGAAUUUCACCUGCCCGAGGAAUAACAUCCGCUGCCCGGGGCUCAGCAUGUGCAAGCUAAACGGAACCCUCUGCAACGCGGUGCCCGACUGCCCUGCGAAGACAGCUGGCGGCAAGCCAGUGGACGAGGACCCGGCGUUCUGCAAGCCUUACGUUUGCCCCAAGGGGUUCUCCAAGUGCAGAGACAAAUUGCAGUGUGUUGACGAUGUGCUUCGCUGCAACGGCGUUGCCGACUGCAAAGAUGGUAGCGAUGAAGUGGGGUGUGAGAAGUGGAACUGCACCAAAGGGUACCGCAAGUGCCGGAACCAGUGUGCCAUGCUGCCGCAUAUGCACAAGACUCACGUCUUCUGUCCGUUCGUGUAUCGUCUGGCCUUGCUGUUUUACACCAAUGCAGAUGGGAGCGAUGAGGACAGAUGUGACAUUCCACCCGCGCCCCCUAAGGCCCCAUCCACGGGUCCCCCCAAGGCUCCCCCCAAGGCUCCUCCUAAGGCUCCCCCCAAGGCUCCUCCCAAGGCCCCACCCAAGUCUUCUAAACCCCAGCACCUCCGGAUCACACGUCAUUUCCACCUGACAAAUCCCCUCCUCAACCGCACCUCCCUCCCCUCAAUGGAGUGCUAUCCGCAGCCUUCUCUAGCCUCUGCUGCCCGCAGCCUUCUCUCCCCGUCAUUCCCCCAUUUCCCACUAAACUUCCCCCUUACCUUCCCGCCCACCACCCAUCUCAUCUUCACCCUGCAAAGCGCAUGGCAGCAGCGCCGACCUCUGCCGUUUGAGGCGGCUUCAGAGUCCCACUUCCCCGCCGUUUCUCCGCUUCCCCCUUUUGCCUGCCGCGCAUCAAAACUCCCCCUUUUCCUCCCUUCCUCCGCCCGCCUCUCCCCGUCAUGCAGGGGGUUCCUGGCAGCAGCGUUGACCCCUGCCCCGGUGCCAACCAGCAAGGCGGGAUGCUUCAGCCGGGGCGACUACUGCGACGGGGUGAAGAACUGCGCAGACGGCAGCGACGAGUGGCCGUGGAUAUGCAGCUUCGACAUGGACUGUGGCGCACUCAACGCCACGCACGUCCUCUGCCCGGACUCCCCCAGCGUCUGCAUCCUUCCCGGGCAGUACUGCGACGGAAAAACUGACUGCCCGGACGCGCUUGACGAAAACCCCGGCUUCUGCGCGAAUUUUACCUGCCCGAGAAACAGCCUCCGCUGCCCAGGGCUGAGCACGUGCAAGCCGGGAGGAGCGCUGUGUAACGCCGUCCCCGACUGCCCGGGAAAACUUGCUGGGAGUGUGGCUGUGGAUGAAGAUCCGGCCUUCUGCCGGGGAUAUACUUGCCCGAAGGGGUCCUCUAAGUGCAGUGAUAACCUGCAGUGUGUGGAUGAUGUGUUGCGGUGCAAUGGAGUGAAGGAAUGCAAGGAUGGGAGUGACGAGGUGGGGUGUGACAAGUGGAACUGCACCAAGGGGUUCCGCAAGUGCAAGGACCAGCUGCAGUGCGUGUCCAAGCUCAACUGGUGCAACAAAGUUGCCGACUGCAAAGAUGGCUCUGAUGAGGCAACCUGCGUUCCCCUCAGCACCCCAGAUGGCACCGGCAGCGGCACUUUUGGCCCUGGCAGUGGCGGUAGUGGUGCCGGCAAACCAGGGACCGGUGGCACUGGCAGUGGCGGCAGUGGUGCCGGGUCGUCGUUGGACUCUGGUACUCGUAAGAAUGUUGCACCCAAGUAUCCCGAUGAGAAGAAUGAUGGCAAGAGGAGCAUUACCAUCACCAUUCGACUCUGA